AUGUUGAUGUUCAUAAAGUCUUCGGUUUGGAAAAACCUGUUUGGAAAAGAAGCUGACAAAUUAGAACGCUCUAAUGAUGAUCAAUGUACAUAUCUUCUAAUCGAAAAGGAACCUGUGGUGAAUACAUUCAUCUCUGUUCCAAAAGACAAAGGAAUGUUGAACUGUGCCGCAUUUGUUGCUGGUAUCAUCCAGGCCAUGCUUGAGGCGAGUAACUUCCCAUGCCAAGUUUCGGCACAUUGGUGGAAUAUUGGCACAGCCUACGUAAUCCGCUUCGAUGAAGUUGUGAUCUCUCGCGAAGCUGCGCUUGUGGAUGGCUCUCGGUGA